UGGGGUUAAUCUUGGGGGGAAAUCUGGUCGCUUUACCUGUGAGCCAGGCAGGUGGACUUGCCUUAGCUUUCUUGGAGACCUCAAAAUCUCCCCUUUAGCUCACUUUGCAAAAGCAAGGGCUUGACUGAAUGCCCAGGGGUCAAAGGCUACCUCUUCAAUGCCCCCCUUCCUACUUUUAGUGGUCUGGGGGUUCCUUUUUUCUUUGGGAAGAAAGGUGUCUGCUUUGCACUUGGAGAGUCAGGGGUGUGCUGUGCUUGUCACAUGGCUAGGAACACGCAGGAUUGUUUUCCUGGGGGCUGAAUGCGACCCAGCCUGCGACCCCAAACAUGGAUUCUGCGAGGAUGACAAUGUCUGCAGGUGCGAGAUGGGCUGGGAGGGCCCCCUGUGUGACAAGUGCGUCACCGCCCCUGGCUGCGUCAACGGACUCUGUGACGAACCAUGGCAGUGUUUCUGCAAGGAUGGCUGGGAAGGGAAAUUCUGCAACAUAGACAUGCGGGCUUGCACCUCAACCCCCUGUGCCAACAAUGGAACCUGCGUGGACCUCGAGAAGGGCCAGUACGAAUGCUCCUGCGCCCCUGGCUUCUCUGGAAAGGACUGCCAGAACAAGGAUGGGCCCUGCGUGAUCAAUGGCUCUCCCUGCCAGAACGGAGGGGCCUGUGUGGAUGAUGAGGGCCAGGCCUCUCAUGCUUCCUGCCUGUGCCCCCCUGGCUUCUCGGGUAACUUCUGCGAGAUCGUUAACAACAGCUGCACCCCUAACCCAUGCGAGAACGAUGGCGUCUGCACCGAAAUCGGGGGCGACUUCCGUUGCCGCUGCCCAGCUGGAUUCGUCGACAAGACCUGCAGCCGCCCGGUGAGCAACUGCGCCAGUGGCCCGUGCCAGAACGGGGGCACCUGCCUCCAGCACACCCAGGUGAGCUACGAGUGUCUGUGCAAGCCCCGGUUCAUGGGUCCCACGUGCGCGAAGAAGCGCGGGGCCAGCCCUGUGCAGGUCACCCACCUGCCUAGCAGCUACGGGCUCACCUACCGCGUAACCCCCGGGGUGCACGAGCUGCCAGUUCAGCAGCCCGAGCACCACAUCCUGAAGGUGUCCAUGAAAGAGCUCAACAAGAGUACCCCUCUCCUCACCGAGGGACAGGCCAUCUGCUUCACCAUCCUGGGUGUGCUCACCAGCCUGGUGGUGCUGGGCACCGUGGUCAUCGUCUUCCUCAACAAGUGCGAGACCUGGGUGUCCAACCUGCGCUACAGUCACAUGCUGCGCAAGAAGAAGAACCUGCUGCUGCAGUACAACAGCGGAGAGGAGCUGGCGGUCAACAUCAUCUUACCCGAGAAGAUCGACAUGACCACCUUCGACAAGGAGGCUGGAGACGAGGAGAUCUAAGCAACGUCCCCCUAGGUCCCUCCAUAGUAUCGGGGUUCCGCAGCGCUUGCUAUAUGCGGUCUGUGCUUCUCUUUGUGGCAGAGCUUGCUCUCUUUGGUGUGAAAUCUAGUGAGCGCUAUGCUUACAUGUGUUGUCUUUGCAUUGCUGUGUGACGUGCUGCCAUGCUAUCUAAGAACCCCGUUCCUCCCCUCUCAAUGCAUGCUAAUGAAUAAUAAUAAUAAGAAUUUCAUCUCUAAAUGAGUUAAAGAAAUAAGUAUGUUAUUCUAAACUCUUAACUAUCAAAUAUAUCACAUAUAAAAUCAAAAAAGACCAAAAAAAAACAUGGUAACAGAACCAGGACUUGGUGCUGAGGUCCCUCUCCUGGGGGGCUUUCGGCCACCAGGUCCUCGUGCAACCACAUACGAAUGCUGUGCUUGACCACUCACUGUGAAAAGGGCUAAACUCUUUCGUUCGUUAAUUCUCACACACCACUUCGACUCGCACUCACAUCCAGUCUCACACCGCAACCCUUAGAUCUUUCCAAUUGAUUUGUGACUUUGCAGUGUGUAGUGGCUGUGUGUCAGGCAAAGAGAGCCCCCAGGUUGGCUGCUGGCAGACAGGUCAGGACCCAGUCCCAGCCCUGCCGCUCACUCGCUGUGUGACCCUUGGCGAGACCUCCAUUCCCAACCCUGGGCCACCUCCCCACCCCUCUCUUGAGGGAGGGGUGGAAAUAUCCAAACCACCAAGGUCCUCUCUAGCCCCCAAAUUCAGAAUUAGGAACGAGGGAUAUAUACCAAAACACUUCCUGACUCCAAGAAUAGGAUCUGAUGGAGACUUGGUCUCAUCCUGGGAUCCGAAAGGUUUUGGCCUAUCCUGGCUGUACACUUGAUAUUGAAGUCGAUCCCAACAGCGUUUCUCAAAGUGGGGAGCCUCCUGGCUCCUGUCCAGUUUGGGAAAAAUUGGCCCCUUGAGGGCAAAAUGUGCCAUUUGGAGUUGUCUCUUGAGCAACCCACUCCUCACCCCAGCUCAGCCCUGCCCCAGCCCCAUGCCCCCCAGACUCCACCCCACACUUGCCCCUGUAGAGUAGAGAUGAUAUGCUUUCAGACGUAAGUGUACCUUGAACCACAAGUGCCCCCUGGCAAAGUCUGAGUGAGCAACACAGCCCUCUCCAAGGUUUUCACAGGCUUUAUUGGAAAUUGCUGCUUGUGGGGCUUUUUUCUUGUCCUAUGGCAAAAGUGUGAUAGCCCCUGUCCACAGCCAUAGAUGUACCUUUGUGUUGCUGAGUCUAUGACCCUCAGAUCCCAAAAGACCUAGCCAGCUUCUAAAUUUAAUUUUUUUAAAGAGCAUCUAUCUUUUUUUUUGCAAAAUAAAAAAACAAAAAACAACAACAAAAAAAAGUAGAAAGAAAUGGGAUAGAGUCCUGUGUAGCUUCUCAGCUCUGGUUGGAGUCUGGUUGCUACACAGCCCUUGGGUCCCAGCUAGGAAUCCUUUGCUUCUUAGGUUACCUGGAUAGGAGUCUAUGCUCUUAGCUUUAAAUGUGAGCCGUGUUCACCCUGCUCUGAGUACUUGCUUGCAAGUCAUUGUCACCAUUAUCCACUGUCAUUCAAAUCAUGAUCACAGCACACACUCACAACUUCAUGGUCAUCACUCAUUGGUCAUGUGCGCCACCGUUGUCACACAUUAUCGACCUUAUCACCCCUCCAACCUCUACCCUGGGAUCAUUUCGUUCACAGCCCUGACUCAAAGAAUCUCUUCCCACCCAUUGGUCAUGGAUCAUCAUCAGCUUAUGUUUAUCUCAGUCACACUCUGAGACUCCUCCCCAUUUUGCCCCACCCUCAUCCUGAUGAGAGUGUCUCAGCCCCCCAAAUCACCACCUCCUCCAUCAAGUCAUCAUCCCAUCUCAUUUUAAGUUAAUUUUAAGAACUAAAAAUUUAAAAAAGAUUAAAAAAAAAAAAAGUAACAACAAUUAUCGACAAUUGCCAGGCUGGUGUCUCGUAUGCCUCUGGCCUCUUUCGCCUGGAGACCUUGACAGAGUCUGCUAACGAUUCUGUUCCUCAAUUUCUCCAAUGUGAGAGUCUACAAUUGGACAAAAAAAAAAAAAAGGGUUAUUUCUCCAUUCCACAUUUUCUUUUCGUUCUCCAUGUUGUGGAGAGCAGCCAUGUCUCCUAUGACAAAGGGGGCCCGGCUGUUCUCCCAGCAGGCCCUUAUCCAUCCAAAAGAUUCAUCAUCCACCAUUCAUCCAGUCAGGGAGUGUUUCCAAGCACCUGCAGAGUGUAAGGCGGUGUUCUUGGAGCUGUGGGAUAUGCGGGCUGAGGGGCACAUUCUGGGAGGGGAGCAGAGAUAUAGGUGUCCCCAAGAAGCCAGGAAGAAAAACACCACCACCGUGGGAGAGUCCUGAGCAGAUGCCUCCCUCAGAGUGCUACCAUCUCAUCUUCCCACGUGACAGAAGAUCAAGAAAGCCAGAAUUCCACGGCAUCCACCUUCCACAGAAGAGGAACACAACGUUUGCAGUCUCAUCUUGGUCUUCAUGUAUGCAGAUCUCUGGCUGCCCAUACACAUCUCAUGUGUUUGGUGUAGUACAGUUUUCUCAUCGGUGGAGUAGCUGGAAGAGAGCUGUCUGGGACAUGAUUCUGUAAUCACAAUGUUAAUGAAAUGUCCAUCAUGGCACUCUCUCAAGUCUCCCCCAUUUUUUGCAGGCAAGUCCAGACACAAUGCAAAAACAAUCGUUUCCUUGGUAAAUAAAGGAACAAGGGCUAUA